CUUUCCCGCUUCCAGUCUCUCUUACAGUCUGACCGGAUCCAAUACUUUGCUACAUACAAGAAGAGAACACAAGACAGUUCCAAGCUCUUUGAACAAGGUGUAACGGGACGACAGAUGAGUGACGAUUUGAGCAACACUACCCAGCCAACCAUAGACAAUAUCAUGCUACGAUUUUAUGCCAAUUGUGAGAAAUAUUCUGCUAAUGUUCUUCACAACAAUUCGGCGAUAGAGGAGUACUUCAAAUUCCAGCAUGGCCCGGAGUUUACCGCAAUGAAACAAGCAGUGAGCGACCGUAUCACUGCUGGGCAUAUCAAUCUUACCGUCAGUGAAGUCAUGACUAUUUACCAAUAUUGCGCUGUUGAACUGGGCUUGUUCAAGUCCUCUGACUGGUGUUCCUUCUUUACUGAAGAGGAUUUAGAGGUUAUAGACUACGAACAUGAUUUAUACAACUACUGGAGGAAAGCGUACGGCCACACAAUUAACAGCGAGAUCUCCUGUCCAAUGUUUGCCGAUGCGUUUGGGAACAUGGACAAAGCUAUCCAGGCAGAUAGGGAAGGUCUCUUUUUUUGUAGCUACACGGUCGGAACGUUCAGGUUUGGACAUGCCGAGACUCUACUUCCCAUUUUCAGCGCGCUCUCCCUCUUCCAUGACGACACACCUCUCUUGGCAAGCAACUACAACGUCCAUCGUAACCGAACGUUCCGGACCAGUAAAAUAUCGCCAUUUUCUGGUAAUAUAUAUCCGGUCCUUUACAAGUGUGGGGACGGUCUCGGGGAUAUAUACCUGAAAAUGUUCGUGAACGAGGUGGAGACUCCACUCCCUGCGUGUGGUUACAAACUUUGUCCUUACUACCUACUGAAGAGCGUCUACAGUGACCCAAUUAACAACUGUAGGUUUGACACGUUAUGUCACAAUGUCCACUCCACUAUACCAUCGCCUGUAGUUGGAUAAUGAAAUCAUUGUUCGAGUAAUGUGUGUGAAUUACUUCAUUACCAUGGCAAUACAA